UUAUAGCAGUGCAAGAAAGGACUAAUACAGCCAGGGACGGUGACCUGCAGGGCCCGGAGCAGCCACAGGUGUGGCCGUCCCCAGCUCGCAGGGCCUUCCAACUCUGAACCGAUAACAGCAUUGUGGCAGGUGGAGCACAUCUGCUGUUUUCUGCGCAGCUGGGGAGGGAGCAGCUCCUCUUGGAGAGCAAGUGUCUUCGUUUAGGAAAAAGCUCCUUUCUAAUUAGCCAUUUUAAAGGCACAUUUCAACCAGGGGCCAAGGCCACAAAAGAGACAUUAGAAACGAACACAAUUUAGAGGAAAGCACAGAGGUCAGAGCGAGGAGUUGAGGCAGGAGGUCCCUGAGUGACGCUCCCUUCCACCCCUGCGUUCCCCCCACUUUCAUGGGGCGGCCAAAGGACUUGUAUGUCAUGUUCCGUUUGAUGCUGUUUGCACUACAGUGAUCUCAGUGCCUCCAUCCCCACCCCAAACGUCUGCAGUGUCUCCCACACACCCAGAUGCCUUGUGCCUGUGGAUUUAUGGGGGAACAGGGGCGGAGUGUCACAUCUGAGUCUCUGUGGUUCAGAAAUGUGCAAGGACACGUAUCCACCUCAACACUGAAAUAACUCAGCCAAAGUAGAGCUCAGAGCCACAGGCGAUGUUAUAGAAACCUCAGCAAGGGCUUUGCGGCCUUCCGCAGGACACAGACGUGACCUGGCACUUUUUAUGCAGCUGAGAAGCAGGUGACCACAGGCAGAGCGUGCAGCCACCCAGGUUUUCCAGGACCAGCGGGUUUCACCAGGUGCGGGACUUUCGGGGCUGAAGCCAGGAAAGUUUCCAGCAAACUGGGGAGAGUUGAUCACCGUAAACAGCCACCACCUGGGUCACAUGGGCCCCGGCUGGAGGCCAGACUAGGUCUCUACACACUUCUCAGUCAGCUCUCGCAUUAAAGGAAUCAUGGGGGUGGACACCGUGCCCUCCGCUUCACAGAGGAGGAAACUGAGGCUGAGAGAAGUCCAUCAAUGUGCACACGACCACACCACCAGCGAGUGGCAGAGUGAGGACUUGAGCCCGAGGCCCGUGCUCUUCAGCGCUGUGCUUGUCACGUGGUCUCCUGAGGCGCCUUUAAACCGAAACCAACACCCUCAACAGCCUUACUCCGGGCCCUGGUGCAGAGCCUGGCCCAAGAGUCCCCUUGCUUUCCGUAGCCCCUCCUCAUUCCUACCAAUGCCUUCGCCUUCCUCAGACCACCCCCUGGCUGUAGGUCGCGGUCUCCCUCUGCCACCCUUCCCACGUGUCAGCCCAGCAGAGCCCUGUGGACUUUCACCACACACCCCGCUCUGGAUUCAGAAGAAUCACAAAUGCUGCCUGCUUUGUGUCCUCAGCCCCCUCCCCACUGUGUCCCUGUCCCACACGCCCCGCCCUGACCCUCGGCCAGGCCUGCAGGCAGCACCUUCCUGUCUGCUCCUCGGUCAGGAAACAGCAAUUCCCUCCCAGCUUGGGGAUUUCCAAGCUGGAAAUUCAAACAGCUCAGCACGGAAGAGGCUUCAACAGGGUCAGGAACACCGUGAUCGUGGUGGAAACUGGAGGGAAAGAGAAAGGAAGUCCCUCUGCCUGCCGCUGUCAGCGCAGCUCCAGGGGCGAGAGACGGUGCGAGGUCAAUCCCGGGCUGGGCCCACCACCGGCCACGAGCAGGCGCAUCCUCCCUGGAGGCCCAGGACCUGCCACCAGCCAGCUGAAGAGGCUGGAGACUCGAGGCCGAAAGCCAACAUCUGGAGUCGCACCAAUGCAUGCUCUCGUCCCAGCUCUGGCACAUGCCAGCUGUGUGACCUUAGGAAGGCCAAAGCUGUCUCCGAGCCGAGCUCUAUUCUAAAGACAUUUUUCACUGUUUAAAAGCCUUUGAUUCCUUUACUUCCCAGCAACUGGCUGAGUUCCCAGGGCUGAAGUUGCCUUGAAGUUUGACUGCUGAAUAAGAAAAAGAGUUUUCCUCUCUUUUGUUGUUAACUCAAUCCAGAGUUUGAGCUGGUAGUAUAAAGGUUUCAAACAUACUGAAUCGGAUUUCUUCAACUAGAUUGUUUUGGAAAAUACAAAUAUGAAACCUGGGAAGGACAGAUACAGAAGAAAAACAAGUCUCCGUUCCAGGCUAAGGUGGAUGGAAGGGGGGUUGCCGCAAGGAGGCUCGAACCUGAGACAGUCUGAAAACCACAAAAACCUCCCCUGCAUUUGGGGGCUGGCGUGCAGCUGCUCACAUUUUUAUCUUGCUAAAUUAAGAAUAUAAAAUAAUAACCAUUGGAUAAGAUCACCCUUAUUUUAGAAAACAAAGGGGAAAGUCAACAAAAAGGCUGUUUUGUUUUGUUUUAAUUAAAGGGAUUUAACUUUCUGAAAAA